AUGAAGCUCCUGACCCUAAACUUCCUCACGUGCGCCAUCAAAACCUGCAAAACGAACCCCGCAUCCUUCCCACUACACCCCCGAGAAGCUGAACUCGAGAUCGUCGAAGCCGAUAUCAAUCUGCCCUUUUUGAAGAAUAUUCUGCCACGGAUCAUGUGGGAGGAGUUUCGGACAUUGUGUAAAGAGCUCGGACUCCCAGACCUACCCGCGACACCACCCACGCCCGAGAAUCUUGUCGAACCCUCCUCGGUCCCUGCGCCCAAUGCGGCGGAAGCAACAUCAGCUGCGAACGAAGGUGUAGAGACGGAAGAGACUCCCAGCCAGACGGCAAGGGAUCUACACAGAAUACUCAUCGAGACGUGCAUACAAGAGGGCAAGCUGGUGUGUGGGAGUUGCGAACACGAGUAUGCGGUCAAGGAGGGUGUUGCCAAUUUCUUACUACCAGGGCAUUUGGUGUGA